CGUAGUUCCACGCACAUCGCUUUGGUAUUGGUGUUCUGUUCGACUUGUUGACGCAGAUCUUGAAGAUUAGUCAAUUCUGCUAUGAGUGACGAGAAGGGUCCGGUCGAUACGAAGGCCGCAAAUGUCGAGCGUCCUCCAGCCGAUUCAGAUGUUGCAACCUCUGGACUAAAGGAACCCAAAAAACACAAGAAGAAGAGACAGAAGCAGGAAGGAAGCAAAGGAAUAAGUUACCGCGAAGACAGCUCCUCUCCAGCGAAUGUAGGACCCCCUAGCCUGAUUACUUUGCCGAGGAGUCCGACGAGCGGGAUUUCCGGUGGAGCGGCUGUUCCUCCGGAACUGGAGAACACAGGUGGAGCCCCUCCUAUUGCAGCCCUCGGUUACAGCCCAAUUGGCGAGAAUCAAGGGCGAGACAUGCAAGACCCCGGUGCCAUGGCUAAUCAGCAAAUCGUUGAGCGCAAGCCUUCUAAAAAGUCAGUCACGGCAGUGGUGUCUCUUGGCGCGCCGUGUGACAAGCGCCUGAGCGGGCCUAAGAAGGACAAUAUGAACAUAGGCAUUGCGUUGCUAGUCGGCGCUCUCGUCACCUUCGUUGUCUGGGUGGUCCUCCUGGCGUUGCUGGAGAAGAAUCCCAUGGAUAGACAUCCAGAGAAUGAGACUGACACCACGCACGACUAACAUUUUUAAUCCUCCACGAGCACCAAACGGUCUUCGGACAAUUAAUUGAAAGCAAAGACUCCUCUUGGAGCUACGCACGAGUACGAUCCCCGUCGAAAAUAUAUCACGUUACAUGA